AUUAAGCUAUCACGUAUCCUCUACAAGUAGUAAAAGAAAAUGUAACCAGUAAAGCACAUUUUACAUAGUUCGUUCAUAGACGUGAAACACGAUCGUUUUACUACCAGUGGGUGUUGGUAGAUAUAGAUAAAUACGUAACUGGAUUCCAAAUGUUUGAUGAACUUGCGAAGAAAAAUGUGCAAAAGUAAAUUAAUCGCGUGUUUAUUCGAAUUUAUUCUAAUAUUGAUUUGUUCAGUUCGGUUUUCUUCUUCUCAAGAUGAUUUUGAUAAUGACCCAAAGAUCGUUCAAAACAAAAUACUCGAUUUUUCUGCAAAAUUGAAUAGAAUUCUGCAUGGGGAAAACUCGCAAAAGACGAAUAUUUUAUAUUCAUCCAUCAAUAUUUACGCUGCUCUGGUCUUGAUGCAUCUUGGUAGCGUUGGAAAAACUCGCGAUGAAAUCAUGGCUGUUCUAGGAAUAAUCGAAGGUGACGAAUGGCCUGGAAUACAUCAAAAGUUCAGCGACGUAUUUGAACGUAUAUCUAAAUCUUCACAAACAGCAUCAGAAUCUCAAAAAUACCACAUAAACGCAACCGAUGUAAUAUUCUUGGACAGGAUGACUUUGAGAAAAGAUUUCGUAAGUCGUGUGCGGUCUUUCUACGACAGCGAUAUAAUCAACGUAAAUUUUUUAAGCAACGAAUUCGACGCAGUUAGAAUCAUAAACAAAUACAUUGCCAAUCGAGUCGAAAAUCAAGAACCAAAAUUUUAUACCGAGCUGCAAACAGCAUACCCUAAGGUUAUUUUAGCGAGCUGUCUGAAUUUUAAAUCCGAAUUGAAGUUUCCUUUUCGUAAAUCAACAACGCAACGGGAUACAUUUCAUUCGACCAACCGUGCCAUAAGAGUAAACAUGAUGCAAAGAGUAGGAAAAAUGCCAUACGCGAAUAUACAAAAUUUAGGAGUAGAAGUAGGCAGACUGAUAGCCUCUAAUAGCAUAUCUCUAUUCGUCGUUUUACCAUAUCAACAAUACGGUUUAGAUUACUUUUUAAAUAAUUUAGUCGCGAACGAUAUUAAAUCAAUGGUAUCCAGUGUCAAUGAAAACUACCUCGUUGAUUUCAAACUGCCUCAAACCACGUUGAAAGUGUAUAAUGAUACUUUCCACGAAACUUUAUCGCAACUCGGCCUGCAAAAAAUACUCACCGAACGACCCGAUUUUCAAGACAUGAUCAAUGAAAAAUACUUAUUCAACGUUAAAGAAAUUAAAUACGCGGCUAAUUUGGAAAUCACUGAACAGCGAAUUGAGGCUAGUUCUGUGACCGGUGUAAAAAUCAGUGGGACAGUAGUGGUCGAACCGACGCCGUCUGAUUCUUUGGCUGGACUUCUGGAUAACGAAGUGAAUUUUAUAGACGAUUACGAUUAUGGAAAUGAAAAAUUUGCUGAUUUGCAAUUUCACGUGAAUAGACCUUUUUUCACGUUCUUGUAUCAUCACGAGAUUAGAACCGUGUUGUUUUAUGCUGCGGUUGAAAAUCCUAAUGGUAAUUAAUUAUAGAGUUGAGUUUAAUAUAAGUUAAUAAUCAGUGCAUUUUUUUUUAUUUAUUUUUUUUUUAUUUGCAAGCUCACCAUACAUUUCCUAAUAUUGUACUUACUUGAAUACAGUGUGUCAAUUUA